UUGAAGAAAAGUCACUGCAAAUGGCACUCACAUCUGGUUUGGCCUCUCUAAAUAGGCACCAGCAGCUGUGUCAGGCAUGGGGUGGUCAGGAGUGAGGAGCAUGGGUGGAGCUGCAUGUGAGGAGCCCAGCAUGGGGAUAGUAGGAGACUGUGGGUCAGGAUUAUGGGGCAUUGGCUGAGCUGGGGGUGGGGGGAACCCCGGGGCUGGAACAGCAGGGUGGGGGCUGCAGGUUGUGACUAAGGAGCAGCAGACCUGUGUGAGGAGCCUAUGGGGCAAGGGGAUUUGUGAUGUUCUAAGGGUUCCUCUCUCCCCUUCCCUGUGGUCUUAGAGCUGAGCUAGGUUAGGUGGGUUUUACUCCUAGUCCAGGGCCCAAGUACUGAGGUGCCUGAAAGGCUAAGUUAGAAACUCCAUCGGGAGGGGAGGGUCAGGGGCUCUGUCCCGCCCUGGCUCUGGGAUUGUGCGUCAGAAAGCUGCCCCGUCUCUGCGAAGGGGAACAGUAGCUGAGUUUGUCCGCCCAAUUUCCUGGCUGCUCUGUGGGCCUGAGCCUAUGAAAGCUCCUUUCAUGCCUGGAAGGUGCUGAAACAGGAGCUGCUGCUUCCAUUUCCUGGCUUCCCCCUCUCCCCCCCAAUAAAAGAUUGGCUGAAGAUGAAACACCUGCCAGUGAGAGCCCCAAAGAGGAAAAGUAUUUGGAGCUAGUGUGUGUCUAAAGCCAUGUCACUAGCACCAUCCCAGAUACUCCGAGAGCCUGAAUGUUCAGAGGUGCAAACACCCUGGCUCCUAAAACCUGAGCAAACAACAUUCCUUUCUCUUGUGCCCUUGACCUCCAAGCGCCCUGCACACUGGAAUUGCUUCACCCGCCCCAAAACGUCGCCCUGGUGGUGGACGCAACAACUGUUUGGCAGUCUCACAGCAACACCGGAUGAGACGGGAGGAAGACUCUUGUGCCCAGCUGAAACUGGGGGGGCUGAAUGGAAUUUAGCCAGGACACAUUUAAACUGAGAAGUUUCCUGUGUUCCCUGGUGACUUACACCAAUGUUCCAUUUGGGGUGAACUUUGAUCACAGUGUCCCGUGUUGAAGGUGCACCUGGGUAACUCCCAAAGCAGGGGAAGGGGAUCUUACACUCCCAGCUUGCUGCUGACGUGGUGACUUGGAAGGUGGUAGGAAUCCUCGCAAAGCCAUAGGAAAGUGCUGAUCUCUGUGUUCGUUGGUGUGCUGAAUGGCUCCUGAGCUGUGGGGGGUGGGGAAAUCUGCCACAGGCCGCAUGUGCUGUGGCACAUCCCUGGUGUUUUUGGCUGGGCCAGUGGCCCCCCCUGCAGCUCCCCGCCCAGAUUGCCAUCUCUUGGCAGAUUGUGCCUGGCUGUCGUGCUGACUGCUGUCCCCACCAUGGCUGCCAGUGACGUCGUACCAGCCGCCCUACAGGACUCGUGGGGGGACUUCUGGCUCUUCCGUUUCUUCCUCAAUGCUGCGGGCUAUGCGAGCAUCAUGGUACCGGGGUUUCUGCUCAUCCAGUACUUCAAGAGAAAGAAUUACCUGGAGACAGGCCGUGGCAUUUGCUUCCCCAUCAUCAAGUCAUGCGUCUUUGGCAGCGAGGCCAAGUCCACACACCCAGAUGAUGUCUCCCUGGCAGCCCGGAAUGAUACCAUGGAGUCCUCAACGGCCCAGCAGGUCCUCAAGCUGCUCUUCUGUGCUGCUGGCCUCCAGGCUUCCUACCUGACGUGGGGUGUCCUCCAGGAGCGUGUCAUGACCCGGACGUAUGGGGCCACUGAGACCAAUCCUGGCGAGAAGUUCAAAGACUCCCAGUUCCUGGUCUUCAUGAACCGGAUCCUGGCCUUCACCGUAGCAGGCCUGUAUUGUGCCCUGACCAAGCAGCCGCGCCACGGCGCCCCCAUGUACAAGUAUUCUUUUGCCUCACUCUCCAAUAUCCUCAGCAGCUGGUGCCAAUACGAGGCACUCAAGUACAUCAGCUUCCCUACCCAGGUGCUGGCCAAGGCCUCCAAGGUGAUCCCAGUCAUGCUGAUGGGCAAGCUGGUGUCACGCAAGAGCUACGAGUACUGGGAGUACCUAACGGCGGUGCUUAUCUCGGUGGGGGUCAGCAUGUUCCUGCUCUCCAGCGCCCCCGACAAGCACCUCUCCACCGUCACCACCUUCUCAGGCGUGGUCCUCCUGGCUGGCUACAUAGUCUUCGACAGCUUCACCUCCAACUGGCAGGACGCCCUCUUCACCUACAAGAUGUCCCCGGUGCAGAUGAUGUUUGGGGUGAAUGUCUUCUCCUGCCUCUUCACGAUGGGCUCGCUGCUGGAGCAGGGCGCCCUGCUGGAAUCAGCCCGCUUCAUGGCCCGCCACUCCGAGUUCGCGGUCCACGCCGUGCUGCUGUCCAUCUGCUCCGCCUUUGGCCAGCUCUUCAUCUUCUACACCAUCAAUCAGUUCGGGGCGGCCGUCUUCACCAUCAUCAUGACGCUGCGCCAAGCUUUUGCCAUUCUGCUCUCCUGCCUCAUCUACGGGCACGCCAUCACCGUGGUGGGUGGGCUGGGUGUGGCUGUGGUCUUUAUGGCUCUCUUCCUGCGUGUCUAUGCCCGCAGCCGCAUGAAGAAGCGUAGCAAGAAGCUGCCCGCCAGCGAGGUCCCAGUGCAGAAGGUUUAGGGGCCAUGGCACAGACUGCCCUCCUCUCCUCUCCCACUGCAGGGCACUUGCUUUAUUUCUCUUCUCUUCAUGAACCUACUGAGGAGUGGGGGAGAAACAAUGACUCCCUUUGCAAACUGCUUUUCCUGGACAAGGAGCUGGAGUGGGCUUGGAGGAAGCGAGGUGCUUUCCGGGCCUCCAGCGCACCUUUCUCCUGUUGCCUUAAUAGGUCUGAGUAUUUCAAUUCCCUGAGAUGGCCCCAGGAAGGGAGCAGGGGGCAGGUCUAGUUCCCAGGAGUGCAGGGGGGUUAACUCCUGCCCUAGCUCCAUCUGGUACUUGGGGCUUCUCUUUAAGAUUAUUUAUGAACAAGGGAGCUUUAUUCCCUGGCACUUUCUUGUCUCCAGCUUCGCUCCCCAUUUCUUUCCUCACUACGGAGCCGAUACCAGGGAACGGCAAGAAAACACUAUCAUUUUUCUUUACAAAUAUGUAUGAUUGGGAGGGAAGCUCCAGUCUCAGCCUGCCCCAGCAGCAGGUGGUGUAGGGAGUGAGGCAGGAGUGCUGGCUGGAUGCGGGGGGAGCUCCCAGCUACGUCAGUCCCAGCCUUUCCAACAGGAGGCGCUGUAGGGAAUGGGGCAGGAGCGUGGGGCCUCCCUAGCCACAUCCCAUUCCAGGGCUGGUAAAAGAGCUGCUGUAUAACAGUCUGGAUUUGUGGCAGGUCAGUGCACUACGCUGUUCCUGCUGGGAGCCUUCUCCAUUUCUGUCUCCUGGCCCGGCCUUUACGCUGUGAUGCACGCAGGCUCCAUUCUGUUUGCAUUUUGUGCUGCUUUUCCUUUCUCGUUUACGUUUACUCUUGUCAUGAGUUUGAACUAGAACGCCCAGGAUCCCUUGAGGGCGCUUUCUGCUCUCUGGCUUUGAGAAUUUGGAAUUGGCUCCUACCGUUUAGAAAAGCACAAAGAUCCCCGUCCUGAAAUAUCCCUCCUUGUUUCUCCUUUUCCUGCAAGCAGGAGGUGCCAGCACCAGCCCACUCAGCAGCCUGGCGAGGGCUAUAUGAUAUGCAGCAGUCCCAGAGACAGGACAAAGCCCAGCCAGGUUCCUUUUCCCUGCACGGGGCUGCUCUCAAUCCUGGGUGCAGGGAGCCACUUGCCCUGGCUACACCUCGGGAACCCGGGUUUGACGCAGUAACUGUUUUGUCUCUAAACAGACCGGGCCCCCAUCUGCUAGGGGAAUGGUUUGGGUACUUUUAAAAUGCAACUUGGUCUCUUUUUAUUUUAUUAAAUUAAAAAGCUGCUGCAAA